AUGCUCCGCUCCGGCCGCCUGCGCAGAGCCCAGGGCCACGUUGCUUUCGCGGCGCUGGAGCCACGCAUCUCAGCCAUGGCUUCCGCGGAGUCGCGGCGGAUGGGGAAUGGCGGCAGUGUCGGGGGCGCCUUCCAACCCUACUUAGACUCCUUGCGGCAGGAGCUACAGCAGAGGGACCCGACGCUGCUGUCAAUCGUGGUGGCGCUUCUCGCAGUGCUGCUGACGCUGGGUAAAGAGGUGGCCGGUGGUUUUGGCGGGUUCACGGCGGGCGGGGUCCCGGCUUGGACUCGGCUUGUGCAGAUCGCCGACGCCGGGAGGCGAAGGCUGUUCUGGAAGUUCAUCCGCAGCAGAAGGAGCAGUCAAAGAGCUGUUCUUCUUGUUGGCCUGUGUGACUCUGGGAAAACAUUGCUCUUUGUCAGAGGUGCUAGCCUGACCUUGAUUGAUCUCCCUGGCCAUGAGAGCUUGAGACUUCAAUUCUUAGAGCGUUUUAAGGCUUCAGCCAGGGCUGUUGUGUUUGUUGUGGAUAGUGCAGCCUUCCAACGAGAGGUGAAAGAUGUGGCAGAGUUUCUCUAUCAAGUUCUCAUUGACAGUAUGAGUUUGAAGAACACACCAUCAUUCUUAAUCGCCUGCAAUAAGCAAGACAUUACAAUGGCAAAAUCUGCAAAAUUAAUUCAGCAGCAGCUUGAGAAAGAACUCAACACUUUACGAGUCACCCGUUCUGCUGCCCCCAGCACACUGGACAGUUCCAGCACUGCCCCUGUUCAGCUGGGAAAGAAAGGCAAAGAAUUUGAGUUCUCACAGUUGCCCCUCAAAGUGGAGUUCCUGGAGUGCAGUGCCAAGGGCGGAAGAGGGGACGCUGGCUCUGCUGACAUCCGGGACCUGGAGAAAUGGCUGGCUAAAAUCGCCUGA